UGCAGGAAAAUACUAGUGGCGGAAAGGAUCUAUCAGUAAAUUCUCGUCGGCAGGAAAAUACUAGUGGCGAGAAGGUUCUAUCGGUGAAAUCUCGUCGGCAGGAAAAAUACUAGUAGCGGGAAGGUUCUAUUGGUGAAAUUUUGUCGGCAGGAAAAUACUAGUGGCGGGAAGGUUCUAUCGGUGAAAUCUCGUCGGCAGGAAAAAUACUAGUAGCGGGAAGGUUCUAUUGGUGAAAUUUUGUCGGAAGGAAAAUACUAGUGGUGGGAAGGUUCUAUCAGUAAAAUCAUAUCGGCAGAAAAUCUCGUCGGCAAUAAGAUCUCGUCGGCAGCAUGUCGCCUACGAUCGCCGCAUUUCUCGUGCUGCUUAUGAGCGGCUACGCGGCCGAGACGGACAACAACACGACAAGCGGCCUCAUGACGACGACAGACGUUAACCUCAUCUGUCCGCUGCAGUGCCGCUGCGACUUCGCCACACGCGCCGUCGACUGCUCGAGCAGCAACCUCACGAGCGUCGAUUGGCUUCUCCAGCUGCUGCCGACAAACUGCGCGCACCUCAACGUGUCGCACAACGGCGUGCAGACGCUGAACGUCGACUACAGCGCCACGCUGCUCGUCGUCGACGCGUCGUACAACGCCAUCCAGACGCUGUUUCCGCUGCGACUGCCGUCGCUGCGCGUGUUGGACCUCAGCCAUAACCGCCUCGACGUCAUCAACGCCGGCCUCUUCGCCGGCCUCGUCAAUCUGGAGGAGCUGCGGUUGCACGGAAACGGUAUCUACACGUUCCACCACCAGUCACUCGACAUACCGAACCUGCGCUCGCUGAAUCUCGCGAGAAACCGAUUGACAAGCGUCGACGAGGUCGCCUUCCAUAAGCUGCAGCGACUCGCCGAGCUGCGCCUGUCCGGAAACUUCGUCAGCCGACUGCCGAACAACGUCUUCAAGCUGCAGCCUAGUCUCGAGACGCUAUCCGUCGACAACAACAAGUUGUCGCGCAUCGAGAAGGACGCAUUCCGCGGUCUGCGUCGGCUCGCGCACCUCGACGUGUCGCACAACAACCUACGCUUCCUGCAUCCAGGCACGUUCGAGGACAACCACGCGCUGUCCAGUCUCGACCUGAGUGGCAACCCGCUGCGAGAGAUCGCCGCAGGUACGUUCCACGGUCUCAACCUGCGCACGCUGCGGCUCUGCGAACUGCCGCUGCUCGCCACCGUCGAGAACAACACGUUCUCCGACCUGCGCGUGCUCGAGGAACUGCGCUUGACGAACAACGAGAAUCUGAUGUUCGUCAGUCCGGCGGCGUUCUCGAAUGUUCCGCAGCUGCAGCGGUUGUUCCUACACGGAAAUCAACUGCGAGCCGUCAAUCGCGAGAUCGUCGCCCGGCUGCCGUCGCUGCGGCUGCUGACGCUGUACGACAACGCGCUGCGAUGCGACUGCAACAUCUACUGGCUGCGGCGCGAGAUCGAGUAUCGCGAGCUGAACGUCACCAUCGGCAACAUCAGUGGCACGGCAUGCACGCAGCCGAGCGUCAUCCCCGUCGAGCGACUCAACCUCGGCGGAGUUCCGCGCAAGUGCGCGCCGACGAUCGUGCCGCUGUUCAACGCCAGCCGACGCGGAACACUCGGCGAGACGUUCCGCGCUAACUGCAAGGCCGUCGGCGUGCCGACGCCCGAGAUGCACUGGACGUUCCCGCAUCCGCCGGACACUGCUGCUACUGCCGGCGGGAGCGAGCGCGUCCUGCACGAAGACGGUUACCUGAUCGUCAAAUACCUGCAGCUGUACGACAAGGGCGACUACCGCUGCGUGGCGACGAACCGAGUCGGCAGCGACGCCGUCACGCUGUCGCUGGCCGUCUAUAACAUGGGCAUGUACAUCUUCCCGAUAUCGGCGAAGCCAGACGACCUGACCGUCUCCUGGAACGGCACCGAGAUCAUCUUCUAUCAGUACCAGCUGCUCUACCGCGAGGCGGCGCAACCGGAGGCGCCCUUCCAGCAGAUCAACGUCAACUACCCGAUGCGCAUGUACACGAUCAGCGACCUGACGCCGGCGACGCUCUACGACGUCUGCAUCUCGAUACUCCGCCAGGGCGCGUCGGUGAUCGUCAACUGCAACCAGAUGCGCACGCGCGACGAGUCCUACCGUUCGGUUGGCAUCGAGCGCACCUACGUCAUCCUCGUCUCGAUACUGUGCACGUUCGGCGUGCUCUUCCUGAUCGGCAGCGUCACGUGCGUCGGCAAGGUGUGGUCGCACUGGAAGCGGCGCCGCCGGAAGGAGCACGACAACAUGUCGCAGAUGUUUCUCGGCAGCAUCGACAGCAUGUCCGACACGCUGCCGAUCACUUACGAGAAUCGCUGCACGGAGACGGUGUCGAGCGACGACGACGACGACGAGCCGUGCAGCGACGCCGAGAUGAGCGAGUUCAGCGUCUAA